AUGAAUUAUUCAUAAAAAUUGAAAAGUACUAAUAAUUACCUUAUUUACCAAUUGUCUGCAAUUACUGCACUAAGUUUAUUAUUUGGUACUGGAGAUCUUUUUGUUGAAAUCCCCAUAAUUUCAUAAUAUCAAUAAUAUUUAAGAUACAAAAAUCUCGAAUAUCCUUAACUUCUAGAAAUAUAUGUCUAGUAAUGA